AUGUCCAAUACUAGCGACAGAGGCGGCAACCAAUUGGAGCGGCGGAACUACACUUGUAAUGAAUGUGACAUGAUCAUUACAGUGCUCUCUUCUUCUACUGCUUCUUCUCCAUACUGUCCCCUAUGCAAUGUAGUCUCUACAUUUUCUUCUUCAACCCCUUUUGAAGUUGGUCCUGAUGAUGAUCAUGAAAGCGAAGACAACGUGGAGCCGAUUCCGACCAUUGAGAUCUCAUCUUCAACGUUGCGUUGCUCUUCCUCAGACGACUCUACGUUACCAUGCGCCAUAUGCAGAGAAGAUUUCGUGAUUGGAGAAUCUGCUCGGAGAUUGCCUUGCGACCAUUUAUACCAUAAUGAUUGCAUUGUUCCAUGGCUCGCUAGUCAUACAUCGUGCCCUCUUUGUCGACACGAGCUACCGGUUGCAGCUAGUGGAGACGACACCAGUUUGACCAUGUUGUUCGAUAUGUUGGGGCUAGAGGAUGAUUUGGAGGAAGAUAUGACAGCCGUCACCCUCGAUCUGGACCAAAGUUUAGAUUGCUAG